AUGAUAAGAAUAUAUCCUUAUCCUUUUAGCAAAUAUGUUAAAUCUUUACCAGAUCCACCACCAGGUAAAUCUAGAGAUAUAAAAAACUUUGAAUGUAAAAAAUAUGAAAAUGAUUAUACUUGGCUAUUGGAAGCAAAAAACAAUUUAAAAAAAUGCUUUUAUAUGUGUAACGCAUGUUCAAAAAAAUUUAAUUAUAUGAGAUGUUUAGUAAAAAAUUCUAAUGUGCAUUAUGAAUACAACUCAUUUAACAAAAACAUAGAAAAACUAUCCGACUACAAUAAAACAAAAGAUAAAGAAAGUAAUAAAUAUAAUAUUCAAUUGUGUGAUAAUAAUAAUAAUAAUAGUAAUAGUAAUAAUAAUAGAAUUAAUAAUGAGCGUAGUGAUAAUGAAUCAGAAAACAUAAAAAACAACAUUAUUAAAAUAAAAAAGAACAUUUUUAAGAACGAUGAAUAUAGCAACCAAAGUAUCGACGACAUGCACUUAAUAAAAAAUAAUAGUAUAAUAUUUAGCAACUCUUUAAGCCCUAAUGAAAAUGACCAUUUAUCAUUUAAUGAUGAUGUAUUUAUUUUUUUAGAUUAUUAUACAAAAAAGCAUUCAAACAAUAAUUAUAAAAAAACUGAUGAAGAAAGUUAUAAUGAAAAAAAAAAUUUCGAAAAAUUGAUGUCCUCAAAAUACGGCGAUCAUGAAUUAUGGCCUUUUGAAUUAGAUGAUAUGAUAAUACACAUAAAAAAACAUGUGAAACAUAAUAUAUCAUAUUUUGCCUGUAAACAUGUUAAUAUGAAUGAUUUAUAUAAUUCUAAUGAAGAGAAUAAUAAUUAUGAUAAUAUAAAUAUUUACGUAUGUGAUAAUAAUAAAGAACAAUGUUCUAUGAAUAAUAGUAUAAUAGAUGUAAAUGAAUAUGAUAUGUGUAAUAUAGCACAAAGUAAUGUUGUUAAUUCUUUUAAAGAUAAAAAAGAUAUUAAUGAAGAACAUAACAUUAACAAUGAUAAUAUCAAUAAAAAUGAAGAUUAUGGAGAAUUAUUUAAUAAUUCUAACGUUUCUAGUAGUAUUCCAGACUUUAAUUUAUUAUAUGAUUCAAAAGAAAGAAUAAAUAAUAUGAUGAACAAUAAUUUAUUACCUCAUUGUAAUAAAGGAAAUUAUAAAAAUUCAAGAAUAGACAAUACAUUAAAAUAUAAUAAUGAUAAUAUAGAUAACAAUGAGCAUAAUGAAAAGAAAAAAAAUAAUAAGUCGUCAACUGUUGAUCAUAAAUAUAAUAACGACAAUAAUGUGAAUUACAACAAAAAUAAAAGUACAUUAUUACCUUUGCAUAAAAUUGAUGAUGGUUAUGAAGAAAAUAUACAACAUUUGAGUGAUGGGCAUUCAAACUCUUUUUAUGAUAUAUUAAUAGAUAAAAAAAAUGUUGAAAUGUUCACAAGUUAUAGCAAAAAGAAUAUUAUUUUUAAAAGAAUUAAUAAUGAUAUAUUGAGGGAUAUAAAAAAUAAUAAUAAUAAAGAUAUAAUUAAUGAAAAUCAUGAUGAUGUCAAUAAAGAAAAUUUCAAAAAAUUUAAUAAUAAACCAAAAAUACAUAAAGAAGAUACAUAUUUAUUAAAUACAGAAGAAAAUAAUUCCCAUUCUGAAAGUAUUAAAGAAAAAAAUAAAAAUAUUUUAAAAAGUAGGUAUACAACACAUAUAGUAAAAGAAACGAUGAUAAAUACUGUUGAUAUAUCAUCAAGCAACUUAAUGAUUAAUAAUGGAUGUAAUUCUAAAGAAAACAUAAAAGAUGAUUCAAGUUGUAUUAAAGAAAAUAUAAAUACGUUGAAUAAAUGUGAAAAAAAAAUAAUAAAUAAUGUUCAUAUUGAUGAUUUCAACAAAAAGAACAUUUUGAAUGGUGUAACAUUAAUUCCGGAUAAAAAAGAUGAAAAGAUGCAAAAAUUAAAUAAUGAAAAAACAAAGGAACGUUGUGAUAAAAAUAAAAAUGAAAAUAAUAUUUAUAAUGAACAUCCUAUUGAUAAUGUAGAAGAAAAUGAGCAUACUAUUCUUUGUGAAGACAACAAAAUGAAAAAAAAAAAAAAAAGUGAUAUAAAAGAAUAUUGUAAAGAAUGUAAAGAUAAAUUAAGUAUGAAUAAUUAUGACAUAAAAAUAAAUUGUUUUAGUAUUGAUGAAAAAGAGAAAAGUAGAAAUUUUAAAUUAUUAGAUCAAAUAAAGAAUGAUAAAUUCAACAUUACAAAUGAAAAGACGAAAGUUAAUAUACAAGAUAAUGUGCAAUAUAAUCAGAAAGAAGAAAUAGAAGAUAUAGAAGAAAUAAAUUGUAACAUGAAUGAAAAAAAAAAUUCUAUUGAAAAUAUUUCUAAAAAAAAAUUACAUAUAAACCAAGGAGAAGGAUGUUGUAGCAGUAAAAUGAAUAAAACUGAGUAUUUUAAUAAUUCAGAAAUAAUUGAAAAUAAAGAAAAAGAACAAAAAAAAGAAGAGGUUAUAGAUGAUACAUUUAGUUGUAAAGAAAACAGAAAAAAAGAAUUAGAAAGAAAAUUAAACAAUAUUUUGAAUUUUUCUUGUAAACCUAAUAAAAUAAAUAUUCACAACAAAAUAUAUACAACUAAUGAUAAGGAAAAUAAAACUAUAGAUGAAAAUAGUAAAGUAGUAUAUAUAAACAACAAUUAUUUUUUUAAUAUAAGAAAAAAUGAUGAUAACUACUAUAUUGAGAAGAGCAAUGAUAUAAAAAUUGAAAAGAAUUUUAAGAAAUAUAAUUUGAACAAUCUUGAUUUAGAAUUUUGUAAAAAUGAAAAUGAUUUUUAUGGUUUUAAAUAUAUGAGUAAUGUUUUAUCAAGUAGCUGUAAUUUGUCUAAAGAAUAUAAUUUUAAUAAAAGUUUUGAAUCAAAUAUAGUAAAUUCAAAAAUCGAUAAAUUAAAUGAUUUGAAAAAGAAAAUUUUAAUAAAAAAGUAUUUAAAUGAAAUUGCACAUAAAAAAAAAAAUCAUGCAAUGAAUAGUAUAAAUAAGAAAGUAUCACAUUUGAAUCGCUCCCCAAUAAAUUGUAACAUGGAUAAAAAUAAAUGUGAUGAAAAACUUAAAUGUAAAGAUAAAUUAUUUAUUAAAGACGAAAAAGUUGCACAAUAUUUACAUAUAAAACAAAAGAAAAAAAUUAAUAAUCAAUAUGAUAAAAUUAGUAAAAAUAAUGUUAAAUUAUAUAAAGCACCUAACUCACCAAAACAACAGGAUAAGAUACCUAAACCAUUAGCUAGCCAAUUAGAAAUAAAUUCAUUAUCAUAUUUAAAAAAUACACCAUCAUAUCCAUUUGAGGAAUUUAAUUUUUAA